AUGGUGCAUCAGGAUUAUCCAUAUUUUCCGUUUCGACUAGCUGUCGACUAUGUUCUGGUUUCACGAAGUACUGACGUUGAGCACCAGAAAUAUCGAAAUCUUUUUGAAAAUGCAAUCCGACGUGAGGGUCUUAUCGUCUCUCACGAACAAUCCGGAAGUGUUAAAUUUACCCUGGUCUCGGCUCCAUUUCCAAGAUUAUGUCGGGAGGCUGAGAAGCGAAAUAUGUCAUUUGCCUUGAAAAACUGCCCCAUCGAACCAACCGAGCCAACUUGUUGCAUCUCACUUUCACAUGUUUUCAUCACCGACGAUAAGACCCGUUUCAUUAGCGCACCGUUCAAUCGAAAAUAUGCCGAACACUUUGUAAACUAUGACGAUCAUACCAAAUUUUUCAACUCUAGCCAAAGAUCUUUGCUGACCCAUCAGACGGAAAUGACUCAGAAAAAGCAUAGCGUUGAAAGCAGCUCCUUCUCUUUGUCGGAAACGAUCUUAGGAGAGCAACCGCUUACGCGCAAAGGUUUACUAUAUUUAAUUAUGAGUGGAGCUUAUGAAGAUGCUUAUAUUUUACACGAACCAUCAGAGGAAGAACCCUAUUUCCGAGAGAUGAAAAACAGAAAUGUUGUUGGGUAUCUACAAAUGCUUUCUGAACUUGAAGAAGAUCCUCGAAAGAAAUUGGCUAAGGACUGGAGCCGAUGGACAAAGUUCCAGCCACUAAACCGUAUCCGCGAUUACUUCGGUGAACAAAUUGCAUUUUAUUUCGCGUGGCAGGGCACUUUUCUAACUGUACUUUGGGUUGCUACGAUUAUCGGGUUGAUGAGCUUUAUUUAUGGGUUGAUAAAAAGCAUAUCCGAAAGUCCCUACGAAAUUUGCCAAAUCUCCAAUUCGUCAGGGUAUUUAUCAGAGCUUGAUGGCACUACAUGCAAAUUUCGGGACGGAGCAAAGCACUUUUUCUCCACAAUCUCGAACUGGUUUAUGAAGUCCUUCGACAACGAGUUGAACCCAUUUUUCGCGGCGUUUAUCUCUUUAUGGGGUUCUGUUUUCUACCAAAUCUGGCGAAGAAAUAAUUCGGUUUUAAAUUAUGAAUGGGACUGCGAAACCUAUACUGAAACCGAGCCAGAUCGACCCGAAUUCGUGGGAACCAGAAUUGACAUCGAUCCACUAGCCAUCUCGGUGCUGGUAGUUUUAAUUUGCAUGUGCGUGGUCGUGCUCUCCGUGCUGAUGGUAUUGGUAUACAAACUGUGGGCGAUUAGUGCUUUUGAAUGCGGGAAAGAGUCAACAUUGGUUUGCUCAUUAAUGUCAGCAUGGUUGCCAUCAGUUUUAAAUACGAUAUCUACAAUGAUCCUGGGCCAAAUCUACAACACCAUAGCCCAAAAAUUAAAUCGAUGGGAAAACCAUCGUACGGCUUCGGAACACAGCAACGCGUUGAUCAUCAAAAUUUUCGCCUUCUCCUUCGUCAACAAUUACACGUCAUUGUUUUAUAUCGCCUUCUUCCGCCCCGAAGCUUACUCCCUACAACCAAAUGGCCUCUUCGGUCUCGGAACCGAUUACAAAGAUACGUGCGCAGAAGGGACUUGUGGAUCCCUCUUGGCACUCCAACUUAUUACCCACAUGCUCAUCAAGCCCUUCCCAAAAUUCUUCAAAGACGUUUGCUGGCCAUACUUCAUGCAUCUCUACCGUACCUCAACUUGGUACAACAAACACGAGUCAAUCGAAGAUAUUUUGAUGGAGAAGGAUUCGACAAACGUACUUGUAAGAGAAUGGCUGAAACCAUCUGCCGGGAAAUUUACACUUUGGGAGUUCAACGAAAAGGUUUUGCUGUUCGGAACGACAAUGAUGUUUGCCGCAUUAUUCCCAUUGUCUCCAUUAAUUGGUUUGAUAAUUGGACUUGUUGAUCUUCGUGUAGAUGCAAGUCGAUUGAUCUGGUUUAAUCGCCGACCAAUUCCCGUUGUGACAAGUGGUAUCGGCAUUUGGUUGCCUAUAAUUACAUUCAUUCAAUAUGUAGCGGUUUUUACAAAUGCGCUGAUUGUUGCUUUCACGUCCGAAUUCUGCAAGCACUUCUUCGGCAAUAAAACCCAAUCGAUGUUGCCGAUUCUGCAAUGUGACGUGCAGGAUCGCCUGCUAAUUGUGAUCAUCUUCCAGAACGGCGUGUUCUUACUUAAAUAUGUAAUUCAAAGCGUUAUUCCUACUGUUCCUGCCACUAUUCGAGUCGCGGCUCGACGGAAACGAUUCGUUGGUAGUUAUUUGGUUGAAAAGGGAGAUGUGCCCAAGGAAGUGCGGCGAAGGAAAAAAGCACGAAGGGCCAAGAUCGCGUGGAUUAUGCAGGUCAGCAAGAAAAAGGAGGAGAAGAGGUUGUUGGUGCCGAAUGAGAAGCGGCAAGAUAGACUAGAGCCGACUCCAAUUGAGGUGUUAGUUCCACCACUAGAAACCAAACGGGUGCCGAAACAGCAGAAAGCCACUUUCCAUCGUCGGAGUCUCAAAGGGAAUAUUGGGGAUUUCCCAGAUGCAAUGGACCAGUUGCCAAAUGUCAGUGUU